AGGUGUUGACCAGGAAACUUCCCGCGCAGGACGCCCCUCCCACACUUGCAGACCCUCACCUUUCUCGAGCGCGUAGUCCUUAAGUGCCAUUGCUGCCGAGGGCUGUGCGGUAGCAGUUGGCGGGCUCUGAGCUCUCACUCCCCAGGAAGCUAAAAACGUCGGCGCGGCGGACUGCGGCCAACCAACCGAAAUUGGCGCGAAACGUCGCUCCCCACGUGACCAGCGCCGCUGAGUGCGGGCCAAUCGGGGAAGAUGCCCUCCGCCCCUCCCACUCGCCACGGGCCCCUGCCUCGACCAAUCAGCGGGCGAGCCUGGGCUGAGUGACGGGGGAGCGGCGCGGGUGUCAGCAGGAACGGCCAUGAUUUCCCAGUUCUUCAUUCUGUCCUCCAAGGGGGACCCGCUUAUCUACAAGGACUUCCGCGGAGACAGCGGAGGCCGGGAUGUGGCCGAGCUCUUCUACCGGAAGCUGACGGGACUGCCUGGAGACGAGUCUCCGGUUGUCAUGCACCACGAUGACCGUCAUUUUAUUCACAUCAGACACAGCGGCCUCUAUUUGGUGGCCACGACUUCAGAAAACAUUUCUCCCUUCAGCCUCCUAGAGCUGCUUUCCCGGCUAGCCACGCUCCUGGGUGAUUACUGUGGCUCCCUGGGUGAGGGGACCAUCUCCCGCAACGUGGCUCUGGUCUACGAACUUCUGGAUGAAGUGCUGGACUAUGGCUAUGUACAGACCACAUCCACGGAGAUGCUGAGGAACUUCAUCCAGACGGAGGCCGUGGUCAGCAAACCCUUCAGCCUCUUUGACCUCAGCAGCGUUGGCUUGUUUGGGGCUGAGACACAACAGAGCAAAGUGGCCCCCAGCAGUGCAGCCAGCCGCCCGGUGCUGUCCAGCCGCUCUGACCAGAGCCAAAAGAAUGAAGUGUUUCUGGAUGUGGUCGAGAGAUUGUCUGUCCUGAUAGCUUCUAAUGGCUCGCUGCUGAAGGUGGACGUGCAGGGAGAGAUACGACUCAAGAGCUUUCUGCCCAGCGGCUCUGAGAUGCGCAUCGGCUUAACAGAAGAGUUUUGUGUGGGGAAGUCAGAACUGAGAGGUUAUGGGCCAGGAAUUCGGGUGGAUGAGGUCUCAUUUCACAGCUCGGUGCAUCUGGAUGAGUUUGAAUCUCAUCGAAUCCUCCGCCUGCAGCCACCUCAGGGUGAGCUGACGGUGAUGAGGUAUCAACUCUCAGAUGACCUCCCCUCCCCGCUCCCCUUCCGGCUCUUUCCCUCCGUGCAUUGGGACCGAGGCUCAGGCAGGCUCCAGGUUUAUCUGAAGUUACGAUGUGACCUGCCCCCAAAGAGCCAGGCUCUCAACGUCAGGCUGCACCUUCCCCUGCCACGGGGGGUGGUCAGCCUGUCUCAGGAGCUGAGCAGCCCAGAGCAGAAGGCAGAGCUGGGGGAGGGAGCCCUUUGCUGGGACCUGCCUCGGGUGCAGGGAGGCUCUCAGCUCUCAGGCCUUUUCCAGAUGGACGUUCCGGGCCUCCCCGGGCCUCCCGGCCAAGGCCCCUCCACCUCGGCUCCUCCUCUGGGGCUGGGCCCCGCCAGCCUCUCGUUUGAACUUCCCCGGCAUACAUGCUCUGGCCUCCAGGUUCGCUUCCUCAGGCUGGCGUUCAGACCAUGCGGCAACGCCAAUCCCCACAAGUGGGUGCGACACCUAAGCCACAGCGACGCCUAUGUCAUUCGGAUCUGAGGCUCCCAAACGAGGACACGGGUGGCAAAGGAGGUGACCAGUGCAUCAGGAGAAGGACGAUGUUUCCUCUCCCAGCAUCCUGGCCUGUGGAUGUGGCUCUGGCUGGAAGAGUCCUGAGUCCUAGAGAGCAGGGGGGCUCCACGGGUUCGACCGCCCAUCCGUGGGAUCUGACCCAGGAAGGACAGAGGUGGAUCACAAUUUAAAAAUCAAUCUUUUAUUCUGAGGAACUGACUGUACAAUACUGAAAGAGAAAGUCACGUGGGGGAAGCUGACUACUAUUUCCUUCCAUCCAGCGUGCGUGCGUGUGUGUGUGUGUGAGAGAAUGAGAGAGAAUACAGGGGAGAGAAGACGGUCGGCAGACGUGUGACAGCAUCAAGGUGCAGGCGGAGGGGAGCCAGAUCCGGGGGGCUGUGAGCCAUUAGCCUUCGGAGUCCCUGGAGCUGGAGGGGGGCUCUCCCCAGCUUCCGGUUUCCCCCCACAUAGG